ACGGGGCGGCGGGGGCUCCCGGGGCCGCGGGUGGCGCUGGGGGGGGGCGGGACCCCCCCGUCCCCGGGCGCGGCCAGGAAGCGCUCCACAGGCCGUGUGGCUGCCGGAGCGCGGCCACGGGCCGGGAGCCGACUCACCGCCGUCAGGGCUCGGCCGGUAAGCGCGAGGACUGCCUGGUGUUGGCCUCUUUGGGAGCCGAACAGCGGAGGUACUGAUUUUGAAAAGAGGAGAAAAUAUGGCUUAUACAGUGAAUGAAUCUUAAAUUUCUGGACCAAAACCUGAGUUCUUUUUCAUGAAGAAUGGCAACACCAUACGUUCCUGUUCCUAUUCCUAUUGGAAGUACAUCAUCCAGCUUUACAAACAGAAACCAAAGAAGAUCUUCUUUCGGGAGCAUCUCAACAAGUUCCAGCUCCUCUAAAGGACAGCUGGAGGACUCUACAAUUGGUAGUUUUAAAAAGAUGAGCGUGCCUGACCAGAUUGAUUCUACGUCAUCUGUGUGUAGUAGUCCACUUGUUAGGACUAGAUUUACAGGUAUGGACACAUCCAUAGAAUACUGUACUCAGCCCGUAGAAGAAAUAGAGCAGAAUACAGAUUCCAGGAGCUGGGAAGAUCGACCAUCCACGCCUACUAUACUGGGUUAUGAGGUGAUGGAGGAAAGGGCAAAAUUCACUGUAUACAAAAUAUUAGUAAAAAGAAGUCCUGAGGAAAGUUGGGUGGUUUUCAGAAGGUACACUGACUUCUCCAGGCUUAAUGACAAGCUAAAAGAUAUGUUUCCGGGUUUUCGGUUGGCCCUUCCACCAAAGCGAUGGUUCAAGGAUAAUUACAAUCCUGACUUCUUGGAAGAUCGACAAUUGGGACUACAAGCAUUUCUCCAGAACCUAGUAGCUCACAAAGAUAUUGCUAACUGCCUUGCAGUGAGAGAAUUUCUUUGUCUGGAUGAUCCUCCGGGUCCUUUUGACAGUCUAGAAGAGAGCAGGGCUUUCUGUGAAACUCUGGAGGAAACAAAUUACCGUCUACAAAAAGAACUGCUUGAAAAACAAAGGGAGGUUGAAUCACUGAAGAAAUUGUUGAGUGAAAAGCAACUUCAUAUAGACACCAUUGAAAGAAGAAUUAGGGAUUUAUCUUUAGGAAAAAUGACUCGACAAAUGUCAGGAGAAGGAAGUGAGUGCAGUGGUGAGGUGGAGUCUUCUGCAGUAGAAGCAGACCAGGGUACCCUGGGUGAGGACAGCUGCUCAGAUAAAGAGAACCAUGAAGCAUGCUGGAGUGGCCCUGUGGCUGAAAAUUCUGUACCAGAAAUUGAAGUUGCUGAAGUAGCGUACACAGCUGAUGAAGAACAGUAGGUAGCUGCUGCUGCCUCUGAGAGGUUCAAGCUUGGGACAGGGCAUAGAGUAGCUGUGAAGAAUUUACAGGAAAGAGUGAGAAUGCACAUACUGAAUGUUUACAGAAAUCCUUAAAAAAUUAUUAACGUAAGAAAUAUACCCAGUGCUGCUUUGAUUUCAGUUUUUAUCUAGCCUGUAUAUAUUUAAUAUAUUCAAGUCUAAUAAGGGCUAAAAUCAGCUAAAGUUUAGAUAGUGUACAUACACAAUUUGGCUGACUUUCCUAGCAGAAUGAUGAAAGCGUCAUAUUAAAUCAACAAACGCAUCUAAUGAGCAUGUCAUAUGUUGCACUGGUGUGACACGUUUGAUGUGUUCAUCUGUUUUCUAUUUGUGUUUUUGUAUUCUUAUAGCCAUAAAUGCUUGUUGCAGUAAAAAUGGACUCAUGAUUAAUACAAAUGUAGAAUGUGUUGGUUUUAAAUUCUAAAGUUGAAGAAUAUUUCUCUGGAAAUUUUAAUGCAAUGCAAUAGGAAAACUUACAGUACCAAGAGAAAAGUACUUAUGAAAUGGAAUUGUAGUUGGACAUUUUAAAACAAACUGGUCAUUUUUGCUGAACAACCUAAUAUGAGACCCCAAAACACUGUGUAUUUUCAUCCCAAGAUAGCAUGCUGUAAUACUUUUUGUUCGGUAAUGCUGCUUUGAAAAUCUGGGAUACCUUUGCUAUGUACCCACGUAACAAUAGAAUUGGUGAGUUUGCCUUUUACUUGGAACACUACCUCUUACCACCUUGCUAAUGCAUUCAUGUUUGUUUAAAAAUAUUCCGGGAUUAUACGGAGGUUAUUGAAAGAGUUGUAAAGAAGCCAUAUUUUUUUCCUGCACAGUUCAUAACUAGAUUGAAUCUAGUUGCAAUGUAUUUUUUGUUUCAAUAUACUGUACACAUGGGGAUGUUGCUCCAUGUGUUCUAUAGCCUGUUUUUCAAAAUGUAUUAAGACAGGAGAUGCACUUUAUAAUUAAGACUCCAUUGUGCCAAGUUCAGUUGGCUAAUUGGUUGAGAAAGGAGAGUUGCAGGGAGAGGAUUAUGCAGUGCCUUUUUUGUAUUUUACUUGUUCAUUACUGCAGAAUUUUUUUACAGUGCUCUGGGUCAGCUCUGUGGAAUCUUUGAUACAGCUUGUUUCUGUUCUUCACUUAUUUACUGAAAGUGCCUUGUUUUGUUCUGUUUUGUUCUGCUUUUCCAACAGGAAGAAUGCUGUUUUGUUUUAAUCUUUUUUUUUUUUUGCCCUAUCCCACCCACAACGUCGUGUAAUGUUGUCAAUAUGCAGUGUCUUUGUGCUGGAGAUAUCAAAGGGAGCUUUGUACUUCAAGCUGUGCAUACAGUGGCCUUUGUGCAGAACUGUAUAAACCUUCCUGGUGAAAUAAAACUAUGGGCAAGACACCUCUGUUUUCUUCUUCGUUGUAGAAAAAAUGUUCAAUGCCUUAUUUAGUAGAAGGAUAAAAAUAGUAUGAGAGAAAUUUCCUACCUCAGGAUUUCCUACAGUUACUCAACUUUUGGCCUGAGUUUUGUUUGUCUUUGUACCAAAAAUUGUCUGCAUGCGAACGAAUGUGUAUGCUGUAGCAGGACACCAGAAAACUUGCUGUACUUCUGCUGAAGAAAAAAAAAUCAGUUCCUUUUUUAUUUUAUUCUGCAUGAAUCCUCAUAGAUAUUGAGUGAACUCAAUAAAGUUUUGACACCUUAUUGAAAAUAUACAUGUAAUCUUUUGUCAGAUGUCACUCUCAUAUUUGUAAAGAAGGUUGAACUGUGUAUUUUAAAGAAGUGUAAGCUUUACAACUGUAGAUGUUUUUAAGCUCUGGAAAAGGUGCUUAGGUCAUACAUGCUAGGCAUUUCUUAAUACUUCGGGUAAAUCUGCAAAUCUGGUCACUAAAGAAAGCGUUAAUAUAAUUUACAGUUCAGUCAUGAGAGGGCAAAGGAAUGGAAAUUUUGUUGUGCUCUGUCUUUAAGUUUUGUAAGAUAUUUUGCUGACCCAAAGGACUUAGAAUCACAUGAAUAGACUUUUUUUUUUAGGGGGGGGCCUUGAUUUUUUUUUAACAAGACUGAGCUGAAAAACAUGAAUUUUGUUCAGCAGCCAUGUGGUAUCACUUGGUCUAUGUUGUUGGCUAGUGAAUGAUUGCCCUCUCUGAGGGACAUGCAGAAUUGGAGGUGUGGUACGUGUGCUGGCCUUGAACAUCCGGAUUGAGGUGGUUUCCAAGUCUGUUAUAUAUUGCUUUUGGGGUUUUUUCUGGUGUGGUGCACUUGCUUCCAUUCUGGCACUAUUUUCCACCCGUUUCCUUCUCAUUUCACUCACUGCUGCAAUUUGAGAAAUGAACUUUCAAUUAUUUCAUAAGAAUUUCACAGUGGAAUUCUGUGGUCUUCACAAUGAGCAGAGGAAUAUUCAAACUGGAAUUGUAGCAGAGUGAAUUGCAACCAGCAGCACCUUGUUCUUUUCUGUUGUAGUUAAAUCUUUCCAAAGGUUACUGUCUUAAUAGUUCAGCCACUGAUCUGCAAUGGGUUUUUCUUCCCUUGGUUUUAGAUUUUGAUACAUU